AGUAUAUAUGUACACAAUUCUAUUGGCAAUGAUCUUUGUUUCAUUCAGAAACGUAAUAUAGACUGCAAACAUUAGGACAAAUACACUAUACGAUCUAAAUCACUUCUUAACUUAUAUAAUUGUUUAUUCCAGGUUGGGGAAUAUUCCGUCAACUUUUCAUUUAAAGAAAAAGGAAAAAAAAAAAAAUCCAUUGAUCAGGGUCGAGCCCCCUUCACAGCCCCGACACACCAGACCCCCUCUUCCCUCUCUCGUCAGGCCUGCUUUUAUUUUAUGUUAUUUGAGAAGACAUCGAGGUCCGUCAGCCGGAAGCUAGCAGUCUCGGUUAGCCGUUGUUAUUGUGCGGAGAGGAGGACAAGCUCCACGUCCAACGUGUGUGAUUAGAAUGGCGAAUCCGACAUGGGUCAAGGCAGGUGAAGUUCCUGCUAGUACAACUGUUACUUUAAAGCUAGAAGACAUGGAAAUGAUUGAUGACCAUAAAGACUCUUGGGACUUCGAAUAUUCUGAAUCAGUGAAUGGAAACCGCGAUAACAAUGUCUCUAAAGAAGAUGUCCGACAGAGAAUUGCUCCCAAUGUAACAGAGAUGAUGUGGGAAAUGGGUGCUCAGAGUGCUAAGAAGGCUUGGAGCAUUUAUGGCAACAUCGACAUCCUUCGUCCUUAUUUUGAUGUAGAACCCAAAGAAGUUCAGAAAAGAUUGCUGUAUUCAUUGAUACCACAUUGGCCCACAUCACAGCAGCAGAUUCCACGAGAACUGUAUGGGCCAACAAUGGUUGUGCUUACCAUGAUAGCACUUCUGCUUUAUCAAAUGAAAUCAGCAGAACAUAGAGUGACUGAUGGCACUCUCAUGGGUUCAGCACUUGGUGUUUGCUUUGCAUACUGGUUUGGAGCCUCUUGUUUGGUCUGGGUGCUGUCUUACGUCUUCUCUGUCAAAAUCGUUUUGAUACAAGUUAUGAGUAUGGUUGGCUAUGGAAUGUUUGGUCAUUGUAUUGUUCUUUUUCUUGGAACUUUGAUCCACACUUCCCAUGACCACGCGUUCUUCUACCUGCUAUGGGUCAUCUUUGGCGGCCUUGCCACCCUGAGAAUGGCAACUAUUUUGAUAUCACGUACCAAGAGCAAGACAGAUCGACUUGUGGUGAUUGGAUGUUUAAGCUUGCUGCACAUGAUGUUCCUUUUAUACUUGCACUUUGCCUACCACAAGAUUGUUGAAGAGUUGUCUGACGCUUUUCAAGACAAGCUUGUUCCUUUGCCUUUGGAAUCAGACUCCAUCAGCAAACAGAGUGAUACUGGGAAUGUCGCAGAAGGGACACCUUUGGAUUCAGCACUACAAAAUCCUGAAUGAGAGUUUUCUUAAAGGCCAAACUUGAAGCUAAUGGCUGGAAAGAAUGGUUUGACCUCCAGGAGGGAGGUGAGGAGCACACAUGGUACCAGCUACUCGAGUGGUCAUUCUUUGCUGUUUGCUUCCAUCUGACCCGAUAAAUGCCCUUACCUCCCUUACCGGGUCAAAUCCGUUCUUUCCUUCUUGACGGUAAAAGUUCAGCCUUUAAGAGACUUUUAUCUUUAAAACUUGGGGGCAGUGUUCUUUAUAACAGCAAGUUGCUGAAUGUUAUGAGGUCAAAGGUUCACCCAGUCCUGAUAUGUGGCAGGCCCUCAUGAUUUAUUAUAUUAUUCUCAAACAGUCAUCAUCGACAGCUUAGCUGAUUCUGACACUAUCAGUUCAUACUUAAGCUUAUGGAAGCAUUGUUAGUACUUGUUUGCUGAUUUUUUUUUUUUGGAGGGAUAACUCCAGCCGGUUUGGAUCACAUGGAGAUGUCAGCAUCACAAUGUCUUGAACAAAAGUCAUAUGAACAAUUUAAUGAUAUUUAUGAAUGAUUUUGCUACAUUUUUAAAAUAAUAGAAAUCUAGAUCAUUUUUGUAUGAGGUGGUAUUUGUGUCUCACAAAUUUGAUCUAGUGACAGUAGCAAAAAUAUCUGGUUGAUUUCCUUGAACAAGUUGGUUUUUUCCCUCCUGUGGGGUGCAUGACAAACUGGUCAGAUGAUGAUAACAUAUUGAUCUAUGACUUUUAGGUAUUAGGCAUCAAAGCUAUUUUUAACAGCCAUUCAUUAACAAAGUGAAUACAUUCAGACUGAAGAAUUUUGGUACAGGGAAGUAACAACCAGAAAAUAGAGUGCAGAUCUGCUGUAUACCAUGCAGACAUCCUGAAGUAGGUUGAAAUAAAGCUAAACAUUUCACAUGAUGACUUCUAAAAACUGAUCUAUUUUACCAGAUCAUAUUGUACUGUCCUUGUUUACUUAUUGAAUGAGCGUUUGGUUCUUUCCUUGAAAGCUCAGUGACUACACUUCUGCAUUUUGACUUGACCACAUUAUUGCAGCCAUGCACAGAAUCCCAUAAACUAAUUUUGCUUUGUGAAUACAACAGUGAAUGUCAUUCUAGUUUCAGAAUGAAAAUUCCAGCUGUCUGGAUGCUUCAAUAAAAUAUGUAGCAUAAACAAUAUUGUAUGCUGGCCUCAUAGGUGGUCAGGCUGGGAAUCUGGUCUUUGGGUGGCACCUAUCUGGCAAGUCUGGCUUGCUGGUUCAGUGGGUUACGUAAAUAUUAUCAUUAGCUGUAGGUAUCACCUGUUGAGGGUAAUAAGUGUGUGAAUUAUGGAAGUUCGCACUUUGAUUAUGAAAAUUGUAUUUAAGUGCUUGAAUGAAUGGACAAUACUUUUGUGUGUGGAGUGAGAAUGCAUUACUUGAAAUGGUUGACCUAUAAAAAAUAAUGAAUCGUUUUCAGUUGUUGCAACAACAACAAAAAAUGCAGUUACAUUGGACCCUGUUUACAAAUUAUGCCUUUUGUGUCUUUUUUAUGAUUGUCUUCUUCUCAUAUGAAUCAUUUUGGAUUGCAGAUACAAUUCAUAGCAAGGUGCAUAAAAGACCUAUAACCAUAAGUAAAGGAUUGUUUUGAUAUUUAACACAGAAUUACCUAAGUUGUGGAUAAAAUGCAGCACUUUCAGUGAUUAGAGUACAGCGAAACAUUAUGGUGAUUUGUCAGUCUGCAUCUUUGACAUAUUUGUUCACUUAUUUUUAAACAAAGCACAGUGGCAAAAACUUAUUGAUUUUAAAAAGAUAGAAAAUAAUGGCUUGUCAAAUUCAUAGAAAAAAGCAAAAAGGUCUUUAUCAGUCAUUGUCUCUUUCAUUUUGAAUGUCCAGCUUGUUAAAGCCUGGCAGCAAGAAUGAAAUAUGUUCCUGUAAAUCAAGUUUUUAAAGAAUUCUUUACCCCUUUUGUUUGUUUACAACAUCUGAACCAUCAGCCGGGACAAAAGCAAAGCCUAAUUAAGAUGAACUUGUUCAAAUGAAUCUCGUUUUUGUUCCCUUUUGCCAAAGCAUUUUUCCCCACUAAAUAUUUCUUGAAUUGUAUGAACAUUACAAAUUGCAAGCAAAAAACAUUUUUAAACCUCCUUCAUGGAAUACUACAAGAUACUGAAUUAUUACACGAGUGCCCAUCCAUUCUUAAGUGUCGAAGUCCUCGCUGGAAUGUCAUUUAUUACUAACUUGCUCUUAUAAAUAAUAAUUUGAAAGAUGUAUUUUGUAUUGUAGUAGAUGUCUACCUGAUUAUACAGUUAAUGCUGUGCA